AUGUCCCGCGAUUCCUCCUUCACCUACAUCCACCUCCACUCCUCCCACCACGCCGACCUACUGGAAGACUUCACCCGCGUCAAACUGCCAGCAGAGGAAAUCCUCGUCCAACCGCAACAUCAACCGCUCAAUCCAGAAGACGAAGACGACGUUGUUCCGGACCAGCAUGCCGCCUUCGGGAUCCAGCGCGCAACCAACAAGCCUCGUGAGCCGGCGUGGCGAGAUCUUGGUCUGCAGAGUCUGAUGACCCAAGGACCGUCGAAUGGCCAGGCAAGUGGCGGUGCUGCGUUGGGGGGUGGGGGUCGGGUGCAGAGGUAG